GUCCAGACCUAUCGGCAGCCACGGUGCGGAAUAGUCACAGCGCCGGACGCAAAGGGCCGGCCGCCCGCGGCCGCCGCGUGCCGGUGCCGUCGGAGGGCUGGGAGGUGCAGGCAGCGGCUUCGACACAGUCUCGCCAGAGGCUCUUCGCGGGUGUGUCUUGUCCAGGUCCGGCGCUGGGCCCCUCUGGCCCACCACGCGUAUGGGGAGGAAGAGGCGGAGGAGGAGGCGAAUGGGGGAGGAGGAGGCGGCGGAGGCGGAAGAAGGAGCAGGCGCUGGCGUACGCCCUGCAGGGCGGGCGUAGGCUUGGGGUCGUGGAGGCCAGCACA